GGUUAUUCUGCGCCUGCGCGGCCCGGGUCACUUCGCUGGCUGCUCCCAGGCUCCCGGCUGGCCGCCAUCUUGGAGCGGGGCUUCAUUGUUCGCGCUGGGCCGGGCGUUUAGGUGUGAUUGCCGCCGACGAGGAAGGCGGAGUAACCUCCGGUCAGCCGCGAAAUCCCGCUACUCCUCAGCCAUAACCGCUCCAACGAUUUGGGAGGUAGUGAAAGGAAGGGAGCUGGACCCAGAGGCGCCGCCGCAACAGCAGCAGCCAUGGAGGACGAGAUGCCCAAGACUCUAAACUGCUAGAAAUAUCUGGGAACUUAACUUUUUAGUACAUUGAUUUGAGAAUAUCAGAUAAUGAAGACAACUCAACAUUCUCAGGCCAGUCUACAAAAGCAGAUAUGUCGGUAACCUUUCCAGAGAUGUGACAGAAGCACUAAUUCUCCAGCUCUUUAGUCAGAUUGGACCAUGUAAAAACUGCAAAAUGAUUAUGGAUGUAAGGACAGCUGGAAAUGAUCCGUACUGUUUUGUGGAGUUUCAUGAACAUCGCCAUGCAGCUGCAGCACUAGCUGCUAUGAAUGGGCGGAAGAUAAUGGGUAAGGAAGUCAAAGUGAAUUGGGCAACAACCCCCAGCAGUCAAAAGAAAGAUACAAGCAGUAGUACCGUUGUCAGCACACAGCGUUCACAAGAUCAUUUCCAUGUCUUUGUUGGUGAUCUCAGUCCAGAAAUUACAACUGAAGAUAUAAAAGCAGCUUUUGCACCAUUUGGAAGAAUAUCAGAUGCUCGAGUGGUAAAAGACAUGGCAACAGGAAAGUCUAAGGGAUAUGGCUUUGUCUCCUUUUUCAACAAAUGGGAUGCCGAAAACGCCAUUCAACAGAUGGGUGGCCAGUGGCUUGGUGGAAGACAAAUCAGAACUAACUGGGCAACCCGAAAGCCUCCAGCUCCAAAGAGUACAUAUGAGUCAAACACUAAACAGCUAUCAUAUGACGAGGUUGUGAGUCAGUCCAGUCCAAGCAACUGUACUGUGUACUGUGGAGGAGUUACUUCCGGGCUUACAGAACAGUUAAUGCGUCAGACUUUUUCACCAUUUGGACAAAUAAUGGAAAUUCGAGUCUUUCCAGAUAAAGGAUAUUCAUUUGUUCGGUUCAAUUCCCAUGAAAGUGCAGCACAUGCAAUUGUUUCUGUUAAUGGUACUACAAUUGAAGGUCAUGUUGUGAAAUGCUAUUGGGGCAAAGAAACUCUCGAUAUGAUAAAUCCUGUGCAACAGCAGAAUCAAAUUGGAUAUCCACAACCUUAUGGCCAGUGGGGCCAGUGGUAUGGAAAUGCACAACAGAUUGGCCAGUAUAUGCCUAAUGGUUGGCAGGUACCUGCAUAUGGAAUGUAUGGCCAAGCAUGGAACCAGCAGGGGUUUAAUCAGACGCAGUCUUCUGCACCUUGGAUGGGACCGAAUUACGGAGUGCAGCCGCCUCAGGGCCAAAACGGCAGCAUGCUGCCUACUCAGCCUGCGGGGUAUCGAGUGGCAGGGUAUGAAACCCAGUGAGAAGGGACUGCAGACUCUGAAGCCAGUGGCUUGAGGCUACAAGGAGUGUAGUGAAGCCGUUGUUUACUUAAAGAUUUAUCAAAUCAGUCAGUGCAAAUAUCAGAUACAAUGUAUUUAUUUAAAAGAUUCAUUUUUUAAUCAUGAAAUUACUUAUCAUCCACAUUGUUUUAAAAAGAAACAAGAUGCUGGAUGUCUGCCAAUUUUUGCCUUCAUUACCUGUUUUGAUAAAAUUUCUCAGAUCCUUGUUUCAAAUACAAAUGCAGGGAUUGCUGCCACUUUUUUUAAAAGUAAGAGGCAGAAAAUUGCACAAUGUUAAACUUUUUUCCACUAAAGUAGUAUGCAGUUCUAGUUUGCAUUCCUGAUAUGAUUUAAAACAUGUAAUAUAAAGAUGUAAAAAAAAAAAAAAAAAAAAAGAAGAAGAAGAAAAACCAAAACUGUGCAAAGCCUAGAAGUUCUUUGUAAUCUUCAGCUUCUGCACAAUUCUGUUUUAGGUUUUAAAAAAUGCAUUGUUUGAACAGUCCCAUCUCCAUAGUUAUCCCUUUAGGGUUUUUAAAUAUAAAUUAUUAGUUUACAUCAUUUUGUAUUUACAUUUUUCAGAAAUUUGUCUUGCCUUAUUAAAGUUCUGUAAAAUACACUUAAAUGGAAAAAAAUGAUGUUCACUUAGAUUGAAAACUUUUCUCAGAUGGAUUGAUAAUUGCGUUCAUUUUGUGUUUUAUAUGAGAAGGUGCCUCAAGAAUUCCUGUUGGAUUUGUUUAAAAGGAUUUUUAUCUUCUGUGAUAAACUUUGCUGUAUACCAGGAACUAUAAAAACACCUUGUUACUAAAGAAAAUCUCUGAAAUGUGAUAAGUUCUUGCCAUUUUACUUUCAUGUGUCAAUUUCUACAUUUACAUGUAUUAUUUCACUAUGUAAAGUGUGUUAGCAAUUUAAUAUUUUGCACAGUUAGCAAACUUCGUAUGUCAUUUCCUUCUUAAAGGCAUCAUGGAGGCUUGACAUGAGAUUUAUAAGUUUUAAGUUGUUUGCAUGUGAAUAUCAAAUACACACUUUGGUAGUUUUUGAGUAUAAAGUCAUCUGCUCUUGUUUUUCAAGAAUUUUGAGACAAAAAGUUGUAUGUAAAGGAAUAUAUUAAUUUUCCAUUUUCUAGUUAGAUUUACUUCAGAAGAGUAAAUCAAGUGAAUUUUACUGUGUACAAAUAAGUGGUAGCUGUGAAAUUGUAGAAUAUCCUUGUGUUAGGCUUGGGGUUCAUUGUAAACUCCAGAAUUACCCUAAAGGACCAGCCAGGCAAAGCAUUUUUUAAAUGUUUAGAGGCCAAAAGAUAAACAAAAAACCUUUAAAAUCCUACCUCCUUAAAACAGCCUUCAAAGAAGAAAAUCCUCAGUGCAAUCAUCAUUUUGAUUAUUGUGGUACCUGUUUUCUUGGAGUUUCCAAUUUGGGAGGGGGCCCUCCAACUAUUAGAGGCUUACUCUUUGAUGGCAUUGUUCUAGCUUUGAAAUUUCUAGUAUAUUUCGGAGUCUCUUAGAAGAGUUGUGGGAGACUUGGUUUUGUUUUGUUUUCAGUGAGGGUCAAAAACCAUCUUCUUCCUUGACUUACAGAGACCAAGGGUCCCUAGAGUAUGUAUUUUAGUGCUUGAUGGUUUUUAAGACCUUCAGAGAGCUCCCAGUGUUUUACUUAAGAACAACAACGAAGGCCUGUGAAAUCUUAAGAGCUUCCUGGCCUGUAUCUUCCAGGUAGGAGCAAAGGACUUUAAGCUGGUGUCUAAGCCAAUACCUUUUAAACCAGAGCCCAAGAAAGACAGCUUUAAGUGUAUCAUUCUCUGGAGCUCAAUUCUAUGCAGUUGUACUGAUGUUUUAUUAAGUCACUGUGUAUUUUUAAGUGUUAAUACAUUAAAAGUUGCUUUAUGGAAGAUGAGUAAAAUUUUGGAAUACGUGGAAAUUCUAUUUCCUUGUUAACUUCUACAAAUCAGGGCAUGCUACGAAGAGCAGCUUAAAUGAAAUACUCAAAAAUAAAUAACUAUCAGGAAGCUAUUUUUAGGUUCUUCUCACUUACGUUUCUAUUUUAGGACCCUCAUUUUUCUCUUAAAAAAAAGAUUUACUGUAUAUCUUAUGGACUAUUGAGUGAAUUGUUGGGGAAAAGUGAUUUAAUCUGAAUAGAAGAACAGUUUUCAUUUUCACUAUCUCAAGUAAUAACAGUUUUUAUUAGCCAGUAUAUUUUCUUACUGUAUAAAUCUUAAACUGUACAGUGACUACUUUGUGAGAAGUGGUACCAGGGUUCACGAUGAGAAGGUUACUACUGAGCACCUGCACAUUUCAGAAGCAUUGCUAACUUGGAUGUAAAUCUUCAUGUGAAAGCGAAUCAUUUAAAGAUUUUUCAGUCCAAAAAAUGAUACUGGUAUUAGUAUCAGAUAAGGAGAUUGAAGUUCUUAAAGUAAUUUCAUUCUUUGCAAUAUACAUUCAGAUUUUACUUUCUGGUACUGUAAAGAACCUGAAGUGAUUCACUCUUAAUGGGUCAUUAAUCCAGAAUUCUUUACCCUGUUUGGAUAUUAAAGUUCCUUUAUGUUUUCUAUAA